CUGACGUCAGUGCGCAUGCGUGUGUUUACAUCGCUGACUGUCAUCUCGGCGUUUAUUUCACUGAACUGAAGGGAACAGUGAAGCUGGAGUCAUGGACAGCAGUGACAGUCCAGCACAGAGACCUGAUACUCUGGAUAUAGAUAUAGCAGGUGAUACCGAAAGGCUCGAACCCUCUGCCCUGCCUCAGACUGAUCCUUUAGGCCCGUCACUCACUCCAGACGUGCCUUUCCAGGAGGAGAGCAUCGACCUGGAAGUUGAAGCUUUCAUUUCACCGCGGGAUGACAGUAUUACCUCUGAAAGCAUGAUGGAGAAGCUGAACGACCAGAUGAUGGAGAGUGUGAUGAUUUCCGAUUCUCCCAACAGCGAGGAAGAGGACGUCGUUCCCAUUGACACGCUUUUAGUCCGGAGUGAAGAUGAGGAGGCCCUUGAAUCCAAAGAGCUUGAUGGAGAUACGGAUAAAGAGAAGAAAGAUGCUGACAGUUCCUCUUCUGUCAAUGCUGCUGAACCUGAGGACGCUUCUGAGUGGUUAUUUAAAGAUGAUGAGGAGGAGAAAAGCAUGGAGGAUAAAACUGAUCAUGAAAUAGAAACUGAUACCCAAGCUGCUUCUGACACUCCCAGCCCUAAGGGUCCUGAUGCUCAAGAUACACCUCUUGAAAUUACUAUAGGAACAACCAGCCCCAAAGAUGAGCCCAUUCCAGUCUGUACUAUCUUCAGCCAUGGUGGGCAGCCCACAGCACAAGCCCUGAUACCUGAUGGCUUUCAACCCACCCUAGUAAAGUCCCCAAGCUUCACCAUCGGCAACACCGAAACCCCUAACAGGCUCGUCCCUCAGGUGUGCCAGCCGAGCCCCAGCCUCAGUAAAUUCUUCACAGACAAUGGGACGGUCAACCCAGCCUCGGACUUCUUCGAUUCUUUCACGAUUUCCUCCUCGUUCAUAUCAGUCAGUAACCCGAAUGCAGAGUCGCCUAAGGCAACCGUCCCUCCAGAGUCUCAACUGUUGUCUGGCUCCAGCAGCGUGCCCGCCUCAGGGUCACAGGAUACUGUACAUGCCAGCACGUACUUCGGCCCGGCACCUCAGGGUGGCAUUUCAAAACCUCAGGCAAGUGCAGGGGAGCAUGUGGCAUCGAUGAAUAAGCUUCAGGCUGUGUUCUCGGUUGGGGACGAUCCCUUCGCGAGCGCUCUGAGCACCAGUGAGGUGGAUAAGCGCUAUGAUGCUUGGCUUCCUUCAGAGGAGACCAGGAGAGUGUUGAUAUCAGUGGCCACGCACCAGGUCAGUCUUGUCCAGUUAGACAAAGAGCAGCUGGCCAUGCCCGGACUCAAGUUUGACAACCUUCAGGGUGAUGCUGUGAGAGAUCUGAUGCAGCGCUUUUUGGGUGAGCAGGCGGCUAUGAAGAGACAGGUGCUUUUAGCCAACUCAGUCGAGCAAAACUUCCUGGGUCUCAAGCGACUUAUCAGCACUAAGAACUGGAGAGCGGCCGUGGAUCUGACAGGCAGACUGCUGACGGGUCACGGUCAGGGUUACGGCAAGAGCGGACAGCCUUCCAACCACACCACAGAUUCCUUACAGCUGUGGUUUGUACGUCUGGCUCUUCUGGUUAAGCUUAAUCUUUUUCAAAAUGCUGAACUGGAGUUCGAGCCCUUCGGCAAUCUGGAUCAUCUCAACCUCUACUAUGAGUAUUACCCAUCCGUAUACCCUGGACGACGAGGUUCGAUUGUGCCGUUCUCCAUGCGUAUUCUGCACGCUGAGCUUCCUCAGUAUCUUCAGAAGCCGCAGGAAACUCUGGACCGCCUGUACAGAAUGAAGAGCGUCUGUCAGAAGAUCCUGAGCAACCUGCAGGAGGGUUUAGCCGAAGAUGGGAGUAUGAUCAACCUCACACAGGAAAACAGACAAGCCUCCAUCCAGCUGUGGACGUCACGACUGAGCAGGGUGAUGUACUCCAUGGCAAACUGUCUGCUAAUGAUGAAGGAUUAUGUGCUGGCAGUGGAUGUGUAUCGCUCCAUUAUCCAGUAUGAGCCGGAGCAGAAAGUUCAGUUGCUGAGCGGUAUCGGACGCAUUUUCCUACAGAUCGGGGACAUCAGAACUGGAGAGAAGUAUUUUCAGGAUGUUGAAAAAGUUUGUGAAUCAAAGGGAAAAUCACCUGAUGAAGACGCAUCAGUCCUGAUGAACAGGGCUUUUGUUCAUCUGAGUCAGAAUAACUACGCAGAUGCGCACGUGUGUUUUUCCAGUGUCUUGAAAAUAGAUCCCAAGAAUCCAGUGGCAAGCAACAAUGCAGCCGUGUGUCUGCUUUAUUUGGGGAGGUUGAAGGAGUCCCUGGGCCAGCUGGAGAGCCUGGUGCAUAAGGACUCAGCGCUGUACUUACACGAGAGCGUGCUUUUCAACCUCACAACCAUGUACGAGCUGGAGUCCUCGCGCAGCACGCAGAAGAAACAGGCUCUGCUCGAAGCCGCGGCCAGCCGAGAAGGAGACAGCUUUAACAUCCAGUGCCUCAAGCUAGCAUGAGACACCACAAUCCGACAGCAGGGACAUUGCGUAAUGAAGUCAGGCGGUGGAUUUUCUUCAGACAUGAAUGAACACGUCGUGGCUGGAGUUAAAAUUUUUGUUUUAGAUUUGAAGCUUUUUUGAAGAUUAUGUAUUUAAAUCUUACAAUGUACAGGCAGGACCAAAGGUAACUUGCUAACCCGGAUACAUUUGCUCUCACAAAACAGAAAAAGGGUCAAGCGUCUUACCAAUGUCUCAAGAAUUAAGCUACAAGCAUUAAAUGAUUGUACUGUGUAUUUGGGGAAAAGAAUCUUGUUAAUAAAAGUAUGAAAACUU